AUGACAGCACUCGUCUUGAGUAUGUUAUUACUAUGUGUAUCCUCUUUGGAGGUUAGUUUAUCUGAGUAAUGUGUGUGCUCAGAAUUAAAAAGUAAGAAUGAUUGCAUUAUAAAUUGUACAUGGGAUAGUACUACAAAUAAAUGUUAAGACAAACAGCCAGACAGCAAUGCAUCAACCUACCCGGUGAGUUAAUUAUGUUAGAAUAUUAAGAGUAAGCCUGAGACAGAUUGUGCCAUCACAUUGGGAUGCGCAUAUUAUGAGGACAAAGAGAAGAAAUUGUAAUGUGAAUAGUUUAGUGGGUGCCAGGCGUAUACAAGGACCUCAAAUGACGAAUGUCAGAAGGUGUCAACUUAGUGUACAAGUGAUGGAGUGAUCUGUAUUGAUCCUAUGAAGUGUGAAGAAUAUUUGAAUUAAACUUUGUGUUUGUAGAACAUAAGUAUAUCUGGAACAGGAAAAUGUAAAUGGUCAGAAACGGAGAAAAAGUGUAUAGAUCAAGUUUGUUCUGAUGCACCAACCACACUCAUUACUACUGCCCAAUGCAAUAGAUUUCUAUCAGGUUGUAUUUCAACCGGUAAAGGAUGCAUACAGGAACUUUAGACUUGUUCUACCUAUCCAAAGGAUGAUUGUUUAGGCAGAAUAGGUUCUGAUGGCUAUUGUCAGGAGAAGGAUGGAAAUUGCCAGAGAAUACCAUGUACUGAUGCACCCCAAUAUUCCCAUGACAAAUAAUGUUAAACAUUUUAAUUGAAUUGUCUAACAACUGGUAAAGGCUGUGUAGAUCCACCAUUAUAAUCAUGUUCAACCUAUCAGGAAGAAGGCUAAAUUUGUUUGAUUCUAAUCGGGUCGGAUGGACAAUGUGAACCCACUCCUGAUUAGAAGGUCUGCAGGGAAAGACAAUGCAAGAGUUCAAAGGGAACUACUGAUGAAGCAUGCAACACUUACAAAAAAGGAUGUAUCACUACAGGAGUAGAAUGCACUGAUAAGCUGGAAUAAUGUUCGACUUAUUCGGAUAAUUGUGAUGUAAGAAUAGGAUCCGAUGGCUCUUGCAAAACAGGAACAGGAACCAAUUGUCAAUUAAGGGUAUGUGCUGAUGCUGAUACCAAAUUAAAAACAGAUGCAGAAUGUACUUCAUUCUAAAAAGGGUGUGUUACUUCAGGUGCAGGUUGUGUGGCAACCAGAAAACUAUGCAAAGAUUACAAAGGCACCAAGACGACUUGUGCUCUUAUCGUGGGAUCUGAUAGUAGGUGUAAAGGAACUGACGAUGUCAAUGAGACCAGUUGUACUGCAGCCUCCUGUUCUGAAGCUCCAAAGGAAUAUAAGACUCAUGAUCAGUGCUAACAAUUCCAUUCAAAUUGUCUAUCCAAUGGAGCUGGAUGUGAAGAUAAGAAUACAUGUUUAUCAACUUCAAGUGAAAUGGCAUGCAAAGGUACUAAUAAUUGUUAUUGGAAUUCUAUUUGUGUUACUGCCUAAUGUACAUCAUACACUACAAUCAGUAUAUGUAAUCAGAACAAAGAAAAAGAUCUGCCCUGCUUUUGGACUGGAGCAUCCUGUAGAAAAUUGGAAUGCUCAGAUGCUCCGAAAACUUAUAAUACCAAUGAAGAUUGCGAGAAAUUCCUCUCUGGUUGUCUCACGACAUUGGAAGGUUGCAUUCAUAAUUUAAGUCCAUGUUCUGCUUAUUCUGGGAAGGCCGAUCAGUGUUAGAGCUUUAUAGGCAAUGGUAAACGUUGUUGGGGCACCAGCAAUUCUGCUAAAGAACCUUGCUCUGAAAGGUUAUGUACUCUUGAUACAACCAGUACGACAGACGAAGAUUGCGGUAAGUUUUAAUUUAAUUGUAAAACAAAGGGAACUGGAUGCAUAAGCAACACAGAACUUUGUUCAGCCUAUUCGGGAGAUGUUAAUACUUGUGCCAAAUUUACAGGCUAAGAUGGAAAAUGCUAUAAUGAUGCUGCCAGUACGUCUGCAUCUACAAGUAAUGAAGAAUGCAUCAAAUUUUUAAAUGGUUGUCUAUACGGAGGAGCUGGAUGCAUAGUUUCAACUGAACUAUGCACAACCUACACUGGGUCAUCUACAGAAACAUGUUCCAAAUUCACUUCAAAUGGAGCUUAAUGUUGGUGGGAGACUGGCACUAAUUGUGUUGAAAAGACGUGUGCUCAUAACACAACUGCCACUACUGACAAGGAUUGUGAAGAAUUUCUAACUGGCUGUGUUACUAAUGGUGCAGGAUGCCAACAUUUUUCACUAGAAUGUAACGAAUACAACGGUACUCAAAGCACCUGCAUGUAAUUUAAGGGUAAUACCAAACCUUGUACUCAAAGAAGUUUAUGCUCUUAAAAAUCUUGUAAUGAAGUAGUCAGUCCUACCUCUAAUGCCGAUUGCAUAGGAUAUAUGAGAAGUUGCAGAUUUGAUGGUACAAAUUGCAUAGUUGCUUUACCCACUUGUGCUUCUUACACUGGAGAUAGUACCUUAUGUUAAUCGCUUAGUGAUUCUAAUAAUGUAGGUUGUUGGCUUCCUACUGGAACUACUGGCCCAUGUGUUAAUAGAGUGUGUUCAGACUUAGUAACAUCUACAGGCUAAUAAGAUUGUGAUAAUUUCUUGUUGGGAUGUGUAUUUGAUGGAUAAUCAUGUUAAUAAAAAUAAAAUAAUUGUGUUGAUUAUACUAAUUUUAGUUAAGAUGCUUGCAAAUCAGUUAAGACGAUUGGAGGGAAUAAAUGUUGGAAAAAUGAAAAUACAAUAGGUAAUUGUGAGCCAAUAUCUUGUGAUAACAAUAUUGACUCACCAUCAGAAGAAACUUGUGCUGCAUAUUUGAUUACCUGUGUGUUCUCAGGUACCAAGUGUGUUACCAAAUAAAGCUCUUGUACUUUGUAUACAGAUUUCACAGCAGAUGCUUGUAAAGUUGUCUAAAAGACUGAUGGUGAUAAGUGUUGGGCAACAGCAGAUGGUACAUGUAUAGAGAGACAAUGCAGUGAUAUUGUGGCCGAAGUUGGAGUAGAACUUACUAAUGACAAUUGUGUUGAAUAUCUGUCAACUUGUAGAUUAGCUAUGUCUAAUGUAUGUAUACCAGCAAAAGCUCUAUGUUCAGAUUAUGGACCUUCGUUUUCUCCUGAUGUAUGUAAAUAAAUAAAGACAUCAGAUGGCAAAUAAUGUUGGAUGGAUUCUAUAUCCGCCAUCGGUCCAUGUUUACCAGCUAAGUCUUCAUGUGUUGAGUAUACUAUGGUAUCAUAAGAUCUGUGCAAGAAGAUGAAAGAUUCAAAUGGAUAAUUAUGUUGGAAAACAGCAACAGGACAAGGUGCUUGUGAAGAGAGAAAAUGUUCAAAUUAAGUUGCAAAUAUUAGUCAAUCCAAUUGUUUCUCACAUCUCUAAUCUUAUGCGACUGAUUAAUGUACUUAUUCAGGAGUCGGACAGAUGUGCACAACAUUAUAAGAUGACUGUUAGAAAUACACUGGUUUUACUUAAUCAUCAUGUAGAACAGUGAUCACCACUCUUAAUAAGAAAUGCUGGAAGACAGCUGCAGGAGUAGGAGCUUGUGAGAAUAGGACAUGUGAUUAGAAUGUCAUUAAUCCAUCUUUUGAGAAUUGCUAGGCUCACCUUGCCACUUGCACUUUUAAUGGUUAGACAUGUCAACAGAAAGAGAAUUACUGUAACAGUUAUACAAAUAUGUCUCCAGAACAAUGUUAAACUAUAGUAUCCAAUAUUGAUGGAAAGUGUUGGUCUGCAUCUACUGGAAUUGGAUCAUGUAUUAAGAGAACAUGUGAACAUAAUACAAAAUCCAUUUCAGAUAUAGUCUGUGAGGAUUUCCUAACUGGAUGUGUAACUAAUUCCAAAGGAUGUGUCUUAGGCACAAAUGGGUGCAAUACUUUUACUGGUACAACAAGUCUUUGCAAUUCAUUUAAUGGAUGUAAACGAGAUGAAAGUGAUAGCAGUGCAUGUGGAGUUAGAAAUUGUUUGGAUGACUAAGAUUCUGUAACAGAUGAGAAUUGCCACAAGUUCUUAAAUGGAUGUGUCACUAAAGGUAAAGGAUGCAUUGCAAAUACUGAACCAUGCUCGUCAUAUUUGGGGAGUAGAGAAGCCUGUAAGAAAUUCACAGGAAAUGGAAGACGAUGUUGGAAUACUUUAGAUGCCACUGAUCGUACUCCAUGUGUUGAUAGACUCUGUACAGACAAUGAUUAUAGUACUACAGAUAAUGAUUGUACAGCAUUUUAAUAUGGAUGUGUAACCAAAGGUACUGGAUGCAUUGAUAAAUCAUUGCCAUGUUCCAAAUAUUAUGGCACUCAAACCACUUGUGCUAACUUUGUUGGAAUCAAUGGCACUAAGAAAUGUUGGAAUGUCAUUACAGCUGUAUCUACAUCUGCUUGUAUUGAUAGACUAUGCACUCACAAUGCUAAAUUAACUACUGAUAAGGAUUGUGAUCUAUUCUUGUCUGGCUGUGUCACUAAGGGUACUGGUUGUGUGAAUAAACAAUUGUGUAAGAACUUUUUAGGUACAAUCAAGACAUGUCCCAAUUUUUCAGCCACUGACAAACCAUGUAAAGGAGUCAGCAAUGUGGUGGCAUCUUGUGAAUCAGUUAAUUGUUAUGAAGCUCCUAAUUCAGCAGAUUCUGAUACAGCCUGUGAUAAAUUCAAACCUGCCUGCUAGACUACUGGAUUUGGAUGUGUCAGUGCAAUCACUUGUGAAGAUAUCCAAACAAAAGCAAUUUGUUCAGCCAAUCCUAAUUGUGUUUACACAUCUAAUUGUAGAGAAUUACAAAAUGAUUGUUCCAUCUUCAGAGCACAGAGUCUUUGUGUCAAUACACCUGUUGUGGGUACUGCCACUCUGAGAUGUUCCUGGCAUUAUGAAGGAGGUAAAGGAGUCUGUGGAAAUUGGAAAUGCUCUGAUGCUUCCAAAACCAUCACCACUCAUGAUGCUUGUAAGGCAUUGCAUCCCACUUGUACUUCUCAAGGAACUGGUUGUAUUGAACUUAGUGCUUGUGCUAGUUACACCAAUUCAAUUGUCUGUUAAGCUGCCAAAACUACUGACCCGGGAGACACUUGUAUUUGGGAUAAAACCUCAUGCAGAGCCAAAAAGUGUUCAGAUGCUUCCAAGGCCUUUAAAACUGAUUAGAAAUGUGAUGGAUACUUAGCCAAAUGUUUAACUACAGGUCAAGGUUGUGAAUUACCUCCUUUUUUUUGUGAUAAAAUCAUCACAUAAGCCAGGUGUACUGUAGAUACCUAAUUGAAACCCUGCAUCUGGCAAUCUGGAAAAUGCAUCUCAUACAAAUAAUGUUAUGAUUAUGCCAGAUCCACCUUUGAAGACUGUUAAACCUUCGGAGAAAAGUGUGUUAGUGAUGGUACCACUUGUCUAUCCAUUACUCUUUGUGAAAGAUAUAAAAACGAAAUUAGUUGCAUUUAUGGAACAGAUGGAGUUUGUGGAUGGCUACCUCAAAAUGGAGCAGAUCCUGCAAAAUGCGUUCUAUUUAAAGAAUGCAAAUAAGCAACCAGUUCAGAUAACACUACUUGUGAGUUAUUUUCCAGUUCAUGUAAUAAAUAUAAGCAUUCAUAAUGUGCUACUCUACCAAAAUGCAUUAGUGAUGGCAAGAUGUGUUUCCCUAUUGGCAAAUGUGAGAGUUAUCUUACUGAAUAGGCUUGUUCCAAUCUUGGCUCUGAUGGCAAAUGUUUCUGGGAAGUCAAAGAAACUAUUGGCAAAUGUAGAUUAAGACUAUGUACCGAUGCUACUAUCUAGAAUGCUAAUAACAUUGUGACUCAUUAGAGUUGUAAUGCAUUCUAAGCCACUAAGAUCUGCACCACCAAUAGUAAAGGAUGUAUUGAAAUGAAUAAAUGUGAAAAGUAUGAUAAAGAUAGUUGUUUCUAAGGAACAGAUGGGGAAUGCAUUUUUGAUAACGAAAAGUGCAGAAUCAAGAUCUGCACUGAUUUCAAAGAAACCACAAGUGCUGCAUGCGCACUUAAAUUAAAAGGGUGUAUUUCUGAUGGUACAGCCUGUGUUGCCUAAGCCAAUUGUUCUACUUAUAAAACAAAGGUUGCUUGUCAUUCUAAUGGAACUGAUGGAAUCUGUGUUUGGAAUGAAGUGAAAAAUAAAGACGAAACAGUAACUUCUACGUGUAAAUAUAUGAGUAAGUGUGAAGAUGCACAUCAAGAUCAAUUUGCUUGUGAAUUCAAGAAAUAAGCAUGUAGAUAUAACACAGAUGCAACAAGUAAGAUCAGCACAUGUAUAUCACAUACUUGUGCAUCCUUGGCCAUUGGUACUACAUGUCUUCCAAUUUUAUCUAUUGAUUCAAAGAAAGCCACAAUUUGUGUUCCUAACAAACCCGCAUCUAGUAACAAUUCAACUACAGGAACUAAUUCAACUACAGGAACUAACUCUACAACAGGUACUAAUUCAACAACUGGCACUAAUUCAACAACUGGCACUAAUUCAACUACAGGUACUAAUUCAACAACAGGCACUAAUACAACUAUUAUUAUUCCAUGUAUAGAAGGUGAUCCAACUACUUUAGAAUAGCCAUAUUGUUUAAGUUAUAGUUCAUAUACUUAUUCAUAUGAUGCCUCCUAGGUUAAAUGCGCCAAAUGUAAAACAAGUACCACAAAUACAUCUACCAACUCUACUCCAUCCAAUAGUACAAAUAGUACUGAAGAUGAUAGGGGAGCAAUCAUUACCUUUGGAACCAUUUUAAUGAUCUUUAUUGGAUUGUGAUCUUGAUUAUGAUUAUGAUUAUGGAUAUAAUAUCAUUGUUAAAAAUAUUAUUUUC